UUUUUUCCUCCCGGCCCCAAGAUGGCGGCGGACUCGGUGUCUCUCUUCACUGCUAUCGGUUUGAGCGAGCAGAAGGCGAGAGAGACUCUAAAGAACGAGACGCUGAGCUCGGUGCUGAAGGACGCCGUGCUGCAGGCUCAGUCCAUUUUGGGUCCAUCCAUUGACAAGGUAACCGGAACACUCCUCUACAAUGUGUCCACACGCCUCAAGGAUACAAACAGACUGGGCUUCCUGGUGGGCUACAUCACCAGCAAGAAGAUCGGGACGGAUCUACAGCUCAAUGCCGCCUUGGAUUAUGUAAAAGGCCACCCUGUGGACCCCAUUGAUGUGGCCGGUUUUGAGAAGGAAUGUGGAGUGGGAGUAGUUGUGACGCCAGAAGAGAUAGAAGAAGCUGUCGAAGCUGUCAUCCAGAAGUACAAAGAGCAGCUUUUGGAGGAGAGAUAUCGUUUUAACAUGGGCUUGUUGAUGGGGGAAGCGAGGAACAAACUGAAGUGGGCAGAUGGAAAAAUCAUCAAGAACGAGGUGGACAUGCAGGUUUUGCACUUGCUUGGCCCCAAGACAGAAGCCGAUCUUGAGAAGAAACCCAAGGCCACAAAGCAGAAAGCGCCGGAAGCGGAGAAAAAAAACACUGAAGCUCUGAACGGUGAAGUUAAAGUCGAGACUGCCUCACUGAUGGAGCAGCUAAGGGGAGAGGCCUUGAAGUUCCAUAAACCAGGUGAAAAUUACAAGACGGAAGGUUACGUGGUGACACCAAAAACUAUGGAGUUGUUGAAGCAACACCUGGAGAUCACCGGUGGACAGGUGAGGACUCGGUUCCCUCCAGAACCAAAUGGCAUCCUGCACGUCGGCCACGCCAAAGCCAUCAACUUUAACUUCGGAUAUGCCAAGGCCAAUAAUGGGAUCUGUUUUCUGCGCUACGAUGACACCAACCCAGAAAAAGAAGAGGAGAAAUACUUUACAGCUAUCAAAGACAUGGUGGAAUGGUUGGGAUACAAGCCGUACGCCGUGACACACGCCUCUGAUAACUUCGACCAGCUGUACGAGUGGGCGGUGGAGCUCAUUAAAAGGGGACACGCCUAUGUUUGCCACCAAAAGGUGGAGGAAAUCAAAGGCCACAACCCGCCCCCAUCCCCUUGGAGGGACCGGCCAGUUGAAGAAUCUGUUCUUAUCUUUGAGGGGAUGCGUAAAGGGAAAUAUGCAGAGGGAGAAGCCACGCUGAGAAUGAAGUUGGUGAUGGAAGAUGGCAAAAUGGAUCCUGUGGCUUAUCGGAUAAAAUAUACCCCUCACCACUGCACAGGAGACAAAUGGUGUAUAUAUCCCACAUACGACUAUACACACUGUCUGUGUGAUUCCAUAGAACACAUCACACACUCUCUAUGCACCAAAGAGUUCCAGGCGAGGCGAUCGUCCUACUUCUGGCUUUGUAACGCGCUGGACGUCUACUGCCCCGUGCAGUGGGAAUACGGACGGCUGAACCUGCACUAUACUGUUGUUUCCAAAAGAAAGAUAAUCAGACUGGUGGAAACUGGAGCCGUCAGGGACUGGGAUGAUCCCCGUCUUUUCACACUGACAGCUCUGAGACGAAGAGGAUUCCCGCCCGAAGCCAUCAACAACUUCUGCGCCAGGGUUGGCGUGACUGUUGCUCAGACGACGAUGGAGCCGCACUUACUAGAGGCCUGUGUCAGGGAGGUGCUGAACGACACGGCCCCCCGGGUAAUGGCUGUGUUGGAGCCUCUGAAAGUCACAAUUACCAACUUCCCAGCAGAGAAGGCAUUUGAUGUCUCCGUUCCAAACUUCCCGGCUGAUGAGUCAAAGGGUUUCCACACAGUUCCUUUCUCUUCAACAAUCUACAUUGAACAGUCAGAUUUCAGAGAGGUGAUGGAGAAAGGAUACAAGCGCCUGACCCCUGAUCAGUCUGUGGGCCUCCGACAUGCCGGUUAUGUCAUCUCCAUACAGAACAUUGUUAAGGAUGGAAGUGGUAAAGUGGUGGAGUUAGAGGUGACCUGCACCAAAUCAGACAUGGGUGAGAAGCCCAAAGCCUUUAUCCAUUGGGUGUCCAACCCUCUGGUGUGUGAAGUACGGUUGUACGAUCGCCUAUUCAUGCACAAAAGUCCAGAGGAUCCUUCGGAGGUGCCCGGUGGAUUUUUAAGUGAUGUAAAUACUGACUCUUUGACUGUUAUAUCUGACGCUCUGGUGGAUCAGUCUGUAAAGAAUUGCCAAGUGUUUGAGAAGUACCAGUUUGAAAGGCUGGGCUAUUUCUCUGUGGAUCCAGACACCACUCCGGAGAAGAUUGUAUUUAAUAGAACAGUGACCCUGAAGGAGGAUCCCGGGAAGAUUUGAAUGUAUUCUACCGACUCCAGAUGAGAAAUCCAGGCACACAAGACUGCACGACAACCACAAGACCCGCUUGCCUUAACUUGGAGGGGAAUGAAGCUCUAUCCAAAGCCCAACUGGUUUUUGUUUAUAUUUUCAAUAGAAACUGAAUAAAUAUGCAAAUAUUU